AUGAUAAUUUUCAUUUUGGUGCACAUAUUUUGGCCACUCACCGCCAAAAACUUAAACACUUCCUUCGUUCGUUUCAUAGAUAACCCUAUCUUUCAUCGAUUCUCCCAACCGACGCCAGUCCUUCCUUCGUUUCAUCGAUUCACCACCGUCAGCCUCCUUCGUUUCAUCGAUUCACCACCGUUUCACCGAAAAGAAAGAACGAACAAAAUCCAUUCGUCAGCCACCGACUCACCAUCAUUUGGCAGUGCUUGGUACACAAAAUAUCGGGCAGUGGUGUGUCUCGUGGACCAACUUUAUUCUCCUUCAUAUCCCCACAUGUAUCAACGGGAGGAUAAUCUAGAAAAUGCUAUAGCAAAAAUACUCUUGAAAGAUGAGGAGUUCAAGGAUAAGAUGAUUCUUACAUCUUGCAAUUUAGGGUGCAGGAAACAUUGGGCGUUCUUUAUCAUCAAUUCUGAUGCUGAGGUGAUAUAUUACAUGGAUCCGUUGAAUGCGCUUUGCAAAUUUAUCGUGCUAAUAGUAAUUCUAAAGUGCCUAAAGUGUCUAAGUCAAAGAAAAUCUCAAAGCAAAAAAUCAAGUGUCACCGUCAAAUUAAUAGCAUUGAGUGUGGAUAUUUUGUAA